CUAGCUGUUUUCAACUGAAUGUGGAAAGGGUCUGGUAAAACUGGACUUCUUUACACGCUUAAUUGGCGCCAAACGAUACCCCACGAUUAUUGCGUAUGGUGUUAUGUACCGUUAAAUUGAGAAUGUACAGCCCUGAUGGUCUAGCCUAGCUAAUUAUUCGUAAAACUUGAUUCAAUGAUUGAAGAUGGAUCCCAAACAUCGAGAUCUUUUGAUACGGAAGCGUUCAGAACUGGUGGAGAAUUUAAACACCAACGAUGGUCUGUUUACUCAGCUUAUAACCCGCAAAGUUUUAAAUCAACGAAUGGUCAGAACGAUCAGGAAUGGUCGAAGUCCAGAUGAACAAUCCGAAGAAUUAUUAGAUAUUUUACCGAAACGUGGUCCCGACUGUUUCGACAAAUUUUGUGAAGCUCUGAUAGCCGAUGACCAAGAAAGUAUCGUGACUGAGUUUUUGAAACCUAAAUCCAGUGUACAAGUUUCGAACGAGGAACUCCGAGGGGUCAAGAGAACACGAUCCCUGUCGCCAACACAACUUUUUAUCAAAAAUACCAAAGAAGGAGAUAUAGCCCUAAAAUAUGUUUCACAGUAUGGGAAUCCAGAAAGAUUGCUACUUGCCUCCAAAAGACCUUAUAUGGUGAACGAGCAAGUUUUUUUGACAAAACAUUAUAUAUUAGAUCCACGGGCUUCCAUGAGUCAAACUCCUAAUUCUCAAUUUAUUCCUGUUCCAACACAAAAUCAUCAACAGUGUACAGAAACUGUUUCUCCUUCAAUGGAGAAACUCGCACGAUGUGAUAGUAUAGAUACCAUGAGGAAUUUGAUACCUAGAAGAGAUUCGCAAUCAACAGAGAGUGAAAUCAAGAGAGAUAACUCUAGAGUAGAAAAUGAUUCAUAUGUUUCAGUGAUAAGAAGAGAAGUCGUAUCAAAUGAACAGCGUGUAAUAUGUGAUAAUAUGGUUGAUAAUGAUAUAGAUCUAACAGAUGGACCUGUUAAUGUAUGUGUAGAAAGUUCAACCAGGCAGUUCUUUAUAGAGAAUCAAAGACAGUCAUAUCCUAUGAAAAAAUUACCACGAGGUGAAGCGUUAAUAAUUAACGUUAAUGAGGUGACAGGUAAACCCCCGAGACGGGGAACUGAUAUCGACAGAGAUAAUAUCCAUUUUCUUCUCCUUCAACUACAUUUCAAUGUGACGGUAUAUAAUGAUACUGAUGGUCUGACUGCAAGGGAAAUCCUGGAAAAAGUCACCAACUUUUCAAAAUCGGAGAAACAUGAAGAAAGUAACGCAUCUUUUAUUUGUUUGUUGAGUCACGGAGAAGAAGGGUAUAUUUACGGAACAGAUGGAGAGAAGAUUGUGUUAGACUAUGUUUUCUCGUUGUUUGAUAAUAACAGAUGUAGCGGAUUACGUGGAAAGCCGAAGAUAUUUAUAAUACAGGCAUGUCGAGGAGAAACGUUUGAUCGUGGUGUAAGUUUAGAUGAAACAGAUGGUAGUCCAGUGGUGAAACAAGUUCCCACUUUAUCCGACAUGAUUAUUGGCUAUCCUACACAGGCUGGAUAUUAUGCAUGGAGAAAUCGUGAACGAGGUAGUUGGUAUAUUGAAGCCAUUGUUAAAGUUUUCAUGAAGCACGCUAAACAUGACGAUAUCUGUACUUUAUUCAACAGAGUAAAUGCUGUUGUAUCGAAGAAAAUUUCGCGAACACCAACCAUACACAUGGAUCAGAUGUCACAGAUGUCCGAAUAUAAAAGCUCACUACGAAUGCCACACGUUUAUCUCUUUCCUGGAAUAGGAUCAGGCUGAAAGAUAUGGAUCAUGUAUCAGAAUAUAACAGAAGCUUCCAUCCUUCAAUCUGCAGCUAUCAAUCAUUUUUGCUUUUAAACAUUUUUGUAUUCCCCUAUUUUAUUGCUCAUUUCAUUUUAAUUCAUUCUUUUCUUAUGCAUGAUUAAUCAGGUUCAGGGUUUCAAUUUCCUGGAUUAUUUAGAUAUGAUCGUGUUGUUUAUUUGAUCAGAAUUAGCUCAGUACUUGCAGUGAAAAGUGUAUUUUUAGAAAGGGCUACCCCGUAACUAUUUAUAGCAGGACGAGGUGAUCUUUAAAUAUGGCCGACCUGCCCACAGAUUAAGCCAUGGACUUUGGGGGCUGCAGGCCAGGAUCCUCCUUCAGCUGGUAAGCCUCCGGGGAUUAAGUAAAAAAUGCUGGGUCUUGUGAUCGUUAUUUAAGGGAAAUUGAAGCCGUUGUAAACUACAAUAUUGUGAAAGUUGAAUAUGAGUUCAGUAUUUGUCAAUAUUAGGCCUACUCUGCAGAUGAUAAUUCGAUUGAUAUUUUAAUUAAAUGUUAAACACACAUUAUUCAAGAGCUAAAUCUGCCUAUUGCAGGCUGAAAUGUUAUAUAAACUAUUAACUAGAUAUUUAUUAACAUUCAUGACAAGACCAUAAUCAACUCUCGAUGUCAAAGCUAGCCUGCCAUCUGAUUUGAAUCUGAUCUGCAGUCUAAAGACCGUUCAUGAUUUACCGUAACAACGGUAACAAUAACAAUCGAGGCUACAGUGUUUUUUAAAUUAGUAUUUCUCAGCUAAGAUUGGAGUAAUUUGAAUCAAAUUUUCAGCAUAUUCCUGUUACAUUAUCUAUAUUUUAACUAUUUUAGCAAGGACUGUCAGUUCUUUAUCUAAUCUUCCAUAAUGCUGCUUUAAAUGAUUAAUGAGAGUAUAUUAUAGUGCGGAUUAAGGCAUGAAACUUGGUGAUCAGCACGUUUAACUUCUGAUGAACCAAAUCGUGCUAUAUAACCAUAAAGUGAAGUAAUUUGACUGAAAUUUUCAGUACAUUUUUUUUCAUUAUCUAUUUUUUAACUAUUAUAGCGAGAACUGUCAGCUCUUUAUCUAAUCUUACCUAAUGUCCCUUUAAGCCAGUUGUUCUCAACCUUUUUUUGCCAAGGUCACAUCUUGAAACACAUAAAAAAAUAGUGGCACACCUGGCUAAAUAUAUAUGAAAAAUAUUUGAAUUUUUCAAAAUAAAAGCAUGGCAAGUCAGACGGUAUAAAACAGACAGAGACUAGUCAUAGACACAUAGAAUGAUUCAAACUAAAUAAAGAAAAACACAGCUAUGAACUUAUCAGUAGACACCAGUGAAUACUCAAUGUUUUUUUUGCAUUUUCUUAGUGUGCCGUUCAAAAUUUUCGUGGCACACUUAGAAAGAUCUUGCGGCACACUGGUUGAGAAUCACUGCUUUAAACCGUCAAACUUGGCGAUAUACAGCGUCUUGAACUGCUGAUGAUUCUAAUCGUGCUAUAUAUUUAUCCGAAAACUCAUUAUUGUUCAUAAAAUGUUGCUCAAAGUUGAUUGGGACUAAAACUAUGCAUUUAAUAUUUUAUAUUUUUAUACAUUUAUCAGAUUUACUAUGCCUGGAGAAUGAUUUUUUUAUUUACCUGGAUGUUCAGGGAACAGAGAGGUCUGUAACCCGAACUGUUAGCACUAGUUAGCAUCUAUUUAAGCUAUGUGACCUUACCGUAUGUGGCAGAAACAUUGGUAGUUGAAACAUCUGUAAACUAUGAAAUUUGGUGUUCGAUAAAACCUGAAUUGUGACAGAACCCACUGAUGUAUGUGACAGGGACCAGUCGUGUAUGUGACAGAGAUCACUGGUGUGGUGUGUGACGGGGACCACUGGUGUAUGUGACAGAGACCACUGGUGUGUGUGACGGGGGAGUAGUGGUGUGUGUAACAUGGACCAGUGUUGUAUGGGACAGGGAACAGUGGUGUAUGGGACGGGGAACUGGUGUAUGUGAGAGAGACCACUGGUGUGUGUGUGUGACGGGGACCACUGGUGUAUGUGACAGAGACCACUGGUGUGUGUGACGGGGGAGUAGUGGUGUGUGUAACAUGGACCAGUGUUGUAUGGGACAGGGAACAGUGGUGUAUGGGACGGGGAACAGUGGUGUAUGUGAGAGAGACCACUGGUGUGUGUGGGCCUGGGAACACUGGUGUGUUUGAUGGGGAGCGGUGGUGUGUGUGACAAAUACCAAUGAUGUAUAUGACAGGGACUAGUAGUGUGUAAGUGACAGGAACCAGUGGUGCCAGGGACUUGUAGUGUAUGUGACAGGGACCUGUGGUGUAUGUGGCAAGGACAAGUGGUGUAUUUCAUGGACCAAUUAAUGGUGUAUGUGACAGGGACCACUGGUUUAUGGUGACAGGGACCAGUGGUGUAUAUGACAGGGACCAGUGGUGUAUGGUGACCGGGACCAGUGAUGUAUAUGUCCAGUUAUAUUUGUGGAUGUAAAUUGAUUAAAUUAGUUCAUAGGUGUGUAUUAUUUCCAGCACCAUUUGUCUGCUAAUGUUUGCGGAUGUAAAUAAUAUAAAACUAGUUCAUGGGUGUGUCUUAUUUCCAGCAUCAUUUGUCUGGUAAUGUUUCUGGAUGAAAAUAAUAUAAAAUUGUGCGUAUAAUUCUAAUUGAUGAGGGUGUCUUAUUUCCAGCACCAUUUGUCUGGUUAUAUUUGUGGAUGUAAAUAAUAUAAAAUUGUUUUGUUAUUGUUCUCACUGCCACCAUUUUAUUGUUUUUGUACAUUUUGUUUAUUUUUAUUUCUUGUUGAUUUUUUUUGUUUAAAAAUCUGUUGUGUAAUUAAUAGUCUGAGAUCUAUAUGUAUAUCAUGUAUUGUUAUAACUCUAUAACUGUAAUAAUUAUAGUCUCAAUGUGUGCUUCUGUUCAACAGCCUUCUGAUUAAAACACAGGCCCCCCAGGUUCACAAAACAUUCUCAGACUUUAGUUAAGAAUUUACUCAACUUUUAAUCACUGUUUAUGAGAAAUAUUUUUGAUCCAGAAACACAAAACUUUGCAUAUACUUUCUUAUCAAUGUAUUUGCUACAUUAAAGAAACAAAAGUUUUAUAAAGGGCUAUAUUAUAGUUAAAAUAAGAAGAACAAUUUUGAGUAAAUUCUUAACUUACGUCUGAGAAUGCUUUGUGAACAUGGGGCCAGUUCCUAUUUCGUUCCUUUUUUAUAGUUCAAAAUCUCGCUUUACUUGUCUUUACUAUACUAGGAUCUGGAAGAGUUGUUAUCAUUGACGUGUUCUGGAUGAUGUGAGGGAUUAGCCAAUGAAACGGUCUGUUACGGGAAGUUUUGGCCUUUUAAUGCACAGAACUCUGGGUAAACCACUAGAAAUGUCAACGCUGAUUGAUUAAUUAAUGUCUGACGUCAUAGGAUCAAAAGCCGCUUGUUUGACCCCAGACGUAAACUCACGUCGCUAUAACUUGUCAGAUCUUCAUGUAGUGUAGGCCAUCGAAAUUAUAAAAAAAAAAAAAAAAACGAAACGAAAUAUAGAUCAGGGCCCUGUUCCACGAAAUUUUAACUAAAGAUAAAAUCCAAAAUUUAGUAGAUACUUCAAUUUUGAUUGGCUAAGCACUUAAAUCAAUCUAAUAUUAACCAAUCAAAUUACUAAAAUUUGGAUUUUAUCUUAGUUAAAAUUUCGUGAAAUAGGCCCCUGUAUUUUAAUCAGAUUGGUUUAAUAGGGGCCCAAGGAAUUGGAUAUAGUAUAAUACUUGUAGUUUAUUUUAAACACCAUUCAUUCAUUAAGCCUAAAAUAUAAGUUUUUACAUCGUCUGGUUGUUGAAACUAUCUGAGAUUUGGUGAAUCUGUUCAUGAGUAAAGAUGUAGAAGUUUUAAGAUUCUAUACGAAUUUUACACAUAGCUUGUAGCCUGAGAUUUUGGUGAAUCUGUUAAUUUUACACAUUAUAGCUUGUAGCCUGAAUGGGACCAAGAGACGACCUGAGAUUUUGGUGAAUAUGUUUGUCUGUGUAGAUGUUCUAGGGUUCUAUACGAAUUUUACACAUUAUAGCUUGUAGCCUUGAUGGUGCCAAGUUUUUUUCAAGGAGUUCAGUGGAAAUUGACUGUGCAAAAUUCUUUUGUUUCUAAGCAGACUUGCAGGAAAAUCCCAAUAUGUUCCUUUAACUUUUUUCUGUUAUUCAUCACUGCCAACGUUUUUAUAUUUUAAGACGUUUCUAUGGAAACUCAAUAUAUUUUUAUUAUAAUUUACAUCUUGCUAUAUAAAAUAUUUUAACAUA